AUAGUCGCUCAUCCUUAUUGUGGCUAGCUUCACACAGGUACCUCUUUUUGACUAAAGUUUUCCAUAAAAUCUCGAUACAGUUUGAAUAUUUUUUAAACCAGUUAGCUAGCGAAGCAAGACAUGUCGUUUUUCUAUGCAUGUAAUAACGCAAGUAGAAUGUACAUUUCGUGGGGAUUUGUGAACUACUGAAAGAAAGUAGCAAGGUAAACACAAGCUUAUCAAUGCUAGCUAGCUACUUAGAUGGCUAACGUCAACGGAAUCAGAGCGAAGCUUGUUAACUAGCUACCUUGCUAACGAGCUGGCUGUAAGCGGUGCUGUUAUCCAAACCUAACCUGCAGCCAGCUAGCUAACCUUGACAAGUGUACACCACCUAGGCUGUCAUCAUCACCAUGUCGCAGACCACUCUGUUGGAAGAGGUGGUCCAAUGGAGUAAGGACACCUGUCGGCUGGAAGUCAAAUCCGUCCUCCCCAAACUCAUCUCCAUGCAUUAUAAGACCGAAAGCUGGGAAGAACAUAUACAUGUGCUGAAAAUCAUCACAGACAUGUUCCUGCCUCACCUCAGCCUGUCAGAGCUGGAAGACGAGUGUUUCUCCAAGGUCUUACCUAAGGUCGGGAAGAUGUUCAACACACUGAUGGAAGAGAUCACUAACCAAGUAGGAGGGCUGUCCAUUCAGAACACGGAAAUACACUCUUUUCUCAGGAACAUUCUACAGGUAUAAGUUGUUUUCCCCUCUUCAAAUCUGAAUGCUAAUUGUACUGAGUGGACAUCAUUAGCUGGGGGGAGUUCUGUUUGCCAGGUGAUGGUGCAGGUGUUGGAGGUGCUGUCUGGCUGUGUGCGUCAUGUCUGCUCAUUUGAGGAGGCUCCUGCCCUGGAUAGUAUCCGCUCCUUACCCUCCUGCAUCCUUAAGGUCCUCAGGAACACCUUCCAACACUGCAAGGAGAGUGGGGAAGUGUACUGUGGGCGUCUGUCCCUGGUGGGAGACCUGCUUCAGGGCCUGUUUAAAGAGGCUUACUCACUACAGAAAGGCCUGAUGGAACUAAUGGACAGGAUCUCCCUGGAGAACACAGCCUCGGAGGGCGACGUCUCCGACAUCAUCACUGUGAUUCAUAGUCUCCUGGAUAUAUGCUCGGUUAUUUCAAACCUUGACAUCGCACUACACGCCAACACAUGGAAAUUCAUUAUUAAGCAGUGUGUGAAGUAUGGGUCGUUGGUGGAGGAGCGGCUUCGUCACGGUGACAUCACAUCCUGUCUGUGCGAUGACCUGCUGGCAUCGUUCCACAGCUGCCUGGAGCUGGCUGAGCAGAUCAGUCAGGCGGGGCCACAGCAGGUGGCACACAGCCCAGAAUACAAGCUUUUUCAGAAAACUGCAAAGAUGUGCAGAUUUUUUGCCAACACAUUAGUUCAUUACAUAAAGGAAUUCAAGGCUUUUCUUUCUAAGUCUUGCGGACGCUUCCACCAACUCUACCUUCAAAUCGUCAGCAAGUUUCCCCCCAGCCUGUGUUCCCCAGUGCUCCCCUCCCCUCUGUCUGAGGAGCUGAACGGAGCAGCUCUGGUGCCCAUGGACGCUCUGCUCUCCCAGCUGCUCCCCCUCAGACCCUUCGCCGAGUCCGUCCUCAACCCCAGCCAGCAGUUGAGUCCUGAGACAGAGUUACCUCAUUGCCUCCUGCUGGUGAGUGUCAUGGGUCAGUUCCCCUCCCAUCCAGAGGAGGCACUGCAGCUGUGGUGUGACGGCAGCCACUUCCCUGAGGACACACCCAGACUGCCUCUGUUCCGGGCCUUGUUCCAGAGCUUCAGGCGGUGCUGUAUGGAACGCAGGGUUCCAGUCCUGUUGCCUGGGGUGAUGAUGAAGGGUCAAGCCCAGGGGAAUGUGACCCUACAUCAUCACGUCUGCGUGAUGCUCUGUGCCCGUGUGGCAUCGCUGCCCCCAGAACACUUCCCCCUACUGGAGCGUAGUCUGUUGGAGGCCGUGCUGCAGCCUGACACCCAGACGGCUCUGCUGGCUACUGACGUGUGGUGCUUCAUGGCCCGGUAUGGUACAGCUGAACUGUGCUUGCAUCACGGUCUCCUCACAGCUCAGCUGGUGAAGUCGUGUGGUGGGGAGUGUUACCAGCUGUCCCACCUGUCUCUGCUGCUGAGACGUAUGGUGUUCCUCAUGACUCCUGAACACCAGAUGGAGUUGGUAGAGCGUUUCCCUCCCUCCCAGGAUGACAACCUCCCUGUAUGGUGUCACAUCCUUCUUAGAGCCCUUUCCCAUGAUGCCCGGCAGCGGGUCGAGGCAGACAUCAUCACCUUAACUGACACCACUGUGACAAACUGGCAGAAGGCUGGGUGCAAACUGGGACAAUUGGACAAAGUGAACAAAGCGCUGUUGUCCCUGCUGAUGGUGGUUCGAGGUGUAUCUCCAGAGGCAGAGUGUGGGUCGUCUGCACUGACGAUCAUCUCACAACUCUGGGUUGCCAUGUGUCCCAGUCAGGUGCAGAGCCACCCUAGCAUCCAGUGCACUCUGAAACUCCUCCUCUCCAUGUCAGCCAUCUUGGUGAAGAGUUUUGACCCACAGGUCAUCUGUCAGGCCCUUGUGUGUGUGGGAGCCAUGGUCUCUGAGAAGUGUCCUGAUGACCUGCUGCUGGCUGCUCUGGAGUUCUUGGCCUCUCUAGGCAAGGUGUUCAUCCCACAUGAUAGCCAGAGUCAGGUGUUUCCCAGGCUGAGUGAUGUGUUUGGGGUCCUGCUAGCUGAGCGGUCCUGGCUAAUAAACCAACAUACCCUGGAGGCCUUCGCCCACUUUGCAGAGGUCACCAAUCAUGAGGAGGUGAUCUCCCAGAGCUUGUCUUCAGAAGACACCAAAAACAAAGUGGUGAAUUUCCUCAGUAAGACUAUUAACGCACAGGAAACGGCGGAGACUCGGCUUGAGAGGUUAAGAUUGGAGACGCCUGUUCUUGAUAGACACAACAUCAUACUGGAGACCAAUGAGAAAACUGCUGCUGAGGUUUCAGCUGCAUCUGCCGAUGAUGACCAGUCCACUGCUGACACCGAGCCCUGUCCCAAGCGAGCACGGCAGGAAACCAGUGUUGAGGAGUACAGCCGUUACCUCCAGACAGCUGAGAGUUCCCUGAGGGCCCUGCAGACGCUGGUAGAGGGGCAUGCCACCGACACCCCAGAUUGGGUGACAUCCAGACUACAGGAGCUGCAGACUCUGAUAACCCAUAUCAGCACAGCCAACCCACCAAACCACUAGUGAACUGGACAUUUUUGUAUAUUUUUUUUAUAAAAUAGGGUUUGUAUGGGGGGGGGGGAAAGGGUCAGUCCUUAUUAAACAUGAAUCCCUUGAAUAUGGAGUCUUUUCAGUAAGUUGGGUGUGUCCAGACUGGAUUGACAAGAGGUUCAUGAUUGCCCUCUGCUGGUGAAUGUGACAUCCUGUGGAUCUCUACAGCACAAAUUCACUAGUUCUCAAUCAACAGACAAUAUUGCAAGUGAAGCUGCAGUACGGUAUAAUUUAAUCUAGGUCCAUUGUAGCCACUCAUAAGACAAGGCAGGAAAGAGCAAUUUAAUCAUGUGCUUGAACUGGGAAAUCAAGAUGGUCCAUUAAAAAGCUUGGGAUUGUUGCUUUCACUUUAAAUCAGACCUUCUUACUGUUAGCAUUUUUUUGUUGACAAAUGUCACGCGGUGCAAGUGAAGCUGAGCACUGGGGCGGCAGGUAGUGGUUAGAGCGUUGGGCCAGUAACCCAAAAGGUUGCUAAGAUCUAAACACAGCUGGCAAGGUAAAGUCAUCCUGCCCCUGAACAAGGCAGUUAAAUUAACCAUGCCCCGCUUCCAUCCCGACACUAUUAGGCUUGUCAGACAACGGAACCGUAAAAUUAAAACCAGACGUAAUCAUAAAACCUUUUAUUCCACCAGAAAGAUACAAAUAGUCAAAUCUUUCAUUCAAAGUCUAUUCCCCCCCCCAAAAAGAAAUCUCACAUCUCUCCAGGGGUUUAUCAAGUCUUCCUCAAAUCCUUGCAUGCUCUCCCCAGAGGGACGUGAGGAGAUCUUCUGAAAAUUCUCAGGAAGGACUUGAGGUUCCCCCUCUCAAAAAGUCAUCCAAAUUAAAACUGCCAGAUGAGAAAUGUUUGGCACAAAACUAGAAUUAAAACAGUCCACUAGUUUAGUGGAUGACAUUUUGGCAAACUAUGAUGAAGGAUUCUCAAGGUCAGUCUGCUGCCCCAGUCUAGCUGGUAACAAUCCCAAAGAGUCCCCUCACAUCAUUCUAGUACAAAAAGUCAAGUUCCCAUAGAUAUAAUUCCUUAG